UCCUGCAGCAGUCCUGCACGGAGGAGCGGGGGGCGAUGCGUGCUGCUGAAAGGGAAGAGCUUCCGUGUGGCCCCCCGGCUGAGCGUUGUCUUCAGUGGUUUUGGAUCCUUUCUCCGGAGAGCAGUGCUGUGUUUGAGGUCGUGGAAUGGUCACUUAGAAGCAGACUUGUUCAUCUGAGAGGGAGCUGGAGCACCGUGUGCGCUUCAGAAGAGCAAAACCCAAAAGGUCUUCAGGCACUGAUAAUAGACUGACAUCACAGCAGUUUCAUGCAGUAAUCAAGUUUCAAAGCGAUUUUGUGUACAUUGGAUUAUUAAAUGUCUUGCUGGGAAGGCUGGAUAAAGGAAAAGUCAUAAAGUUAGCAUGGAUGCCAUGGAAUAUGCACAGUUUAUGAAACAGGAUGGGAAUCAGGAUUUUAAAAAUGGAAAUUACACCCUGGCCAUCAGGAAGUAUGAUCAAGCUCUGUAUAUGCUCGUUCAGUUAAGGCAAUGGGGCCUGUGUUCUGGGGACAUAGCUGUAUUAUACUGCAACAGAUCAACUUGCUUGUACAAUCUUGGUAAAUGGAGAGAAGCAAUGCAUUCAGCCUUUGAGAGCUUACGCUGGGAUCCAGAGUAUGUUAAGGCUUAUUAUAGAGCUGGCCACUCGCUGAUCAUGUUAUCAAAUGCUUGUAAUGCAAUUUCUAUGUUUCAUAGAGGUUUGACUCUUCUAAAUGCUUCUGUAGACCAAGCUCAAGUUGCUGAUUUUAUAGCAGGAAUCUUCACGAGUGUCAAUGAUGAACGAGUCUUGCCACAAACUUUCUACCCUGCAUGUGAUUAUAUUUUCAGUGCAAGGUUUGAUGCACUGAUUUGGCAAUCUGUGAUGGAAAAGUUGGCUCAGAAAGGGAAGUGGCAGUCUUUUCUGUUGUUGUUGUCCAAGAAGAAAGACUUGCCCACCAAUCUUAGAGUCAACCAGUUACCACUGAAAAAUCUCUUUGAGACUUUUGAGUUGUAUGGAUGUGAUGAGACGAUGCAAAAUGUAGCAGAAUUAGUCAAAUGGCUGAUUUCCAUUGGGGCAAAAGUUGAAUCCAUUGGAGUUCAUCCCCUUCAUGCUGUUAUCAGACUGUGUAUCAAAGCAAAAAAGAACCAUAUUUUCAGAUGGUUACUGUCUCAGAGGCCAGACUUGAAGGAUAGAAUCAACCAGCAAGACAGAGAUGGAUGCACUCUCCUGCACAUUGUGGCAUCUUCCAGUGACUAUUCUCGGAAACGCAGUCAAACAGAAGAUGUGCUCAUGCUUCUGAAUUUUGGGGCUGAUCCCACCAUUCCAGAUGCACGGGCAAGAAGCGUCAUAGAUAUUUUGAAAAAGAAUAAAAACUUUGAUGCUGUCAAAGCAGUCAGCAGUCACAUUGAGAAACACACUUCCUCCUCUGUGGAACUGGAAGAGGAAGACAGAAGAAAAGCUGUAGUCGAUUCUUUCCUGGAUGCUCUGGAACAGUUUGUCAAGUUCUGCAGUUUUGAAAAUGGGUUACAUCACAAAAAUAUAUUGAAGGAAGAUGUGUUUCAGAGAUUUCUGAAGCUGCUUUCUUCUAUGAAAGAAGUUCCUGAAGGGGUGCUUUGCAACAUCUCCCAGGCCUGUGCUAACAGCAUCAUAAAACUGUUGUUGAAGAAGCAAAUGUGGCAUGAAGUUUUGCUGUUGCUAACAGGGAAAGCCAAUGGGGAAAACACAUCAGAUGGAGGACUCUUAAAAACCUGCAGUCUUUCAGAUGUUGACAUUGGCAGCAUUAUCCAGCAGUGUGACAGACUGGAUGAGCGAGUCCACCUCAUAAGAUGCUUGGUAGAAAGAGGAGCUUUGCCAGAUGGGACCGGAGCCAAAUCUGAAACACCACUCCAUAUCUGCCUGAAGAAGAAUUACUUUGAACUGGUGUAUUUGCUGCUGACCAAGGGUGCAGAUCCUCAGAAUGUCUCCUUUGUAAAAGGAGAUACUCCUUUGCAUGCAGCAGUCUACAUCUGUUUAGAUAAAAGAGAUGGCACUGGCAUAAACAUCCUGAACUAUCUGCUUGAUCUCUUUGCUUCAAGACCUUCUGACUUUCCGUAUCUUAAUCCAAAUAUACAGGAUGAUAGUGGAAAUACAGUGAUGCAUGUUAUUUUUCAGAGAGGAUUUUCAAAGCAGACAAAGAGAAUAAUGGAUUCAUUGGCAAAAUUUGAUGUUAACUUUAAUAUAAAGAACAAAUUAGGAAGAGACGUGAGGCACAGAAUUAAGAAAAAUGACCCACUGCUACUUGCCUGGAAUACUGCUGUAUCAGAGAAGAAGAAAUAUCGGCAGGAUAUAGCAGGGCAGUCAGUUAAAACACUUAAGCCUACUCCAGCUUCUGAUGUGUCACAGACAAAGAAUGGAGGACGUUCGUCUUCUGGGUCCUUAUUGAAAGUACCAUCUGGCAACACAGCACGUAAUGAUGUAAAAACUCUGUCUUCUGUAAAGACAAAAAAUGAUCAGUUGUCAAAGCAAGAAAUGGAAAAGAUAAACAACCCCUUAACUGUGCAGGAAAGUCUAGUGCAGGAAAUUGCAACUCUAAUUCAGCAAUUGAAAUGGGGCGAUGCCCCGAGGAAGGAUAAUUCUGUGGUACAAAAACAAUCUUCAGGCCAGACCAAUUUGGAAGAGGGAAAAAGUGCAUCCUUGCAGCUUGGUGGAAGUAUAGUUUAUUCUGAAGGAAAAGGAGAUGACAGAGAGAAAAAGAAGGGAGUGCAGGAAUUUAGUGUGGGCCUGUCUAAUGGAGAGAAGGAAGAACCAGAGGAAGAGAAGAUUCUGGAUGUUGAGGCAUAUGUGCAGGAGUUUGAUAACAUGACUUGGGAAAUAGAGUGCACUCCUGAAGCACUGAAGACCUUGGGCAGCAAAGAUGUACCUCAUUACCUGAAAACUAAAACUAUAAUGACAAUUAAGAGGCUUGGCAACGGGGAAUGGACUAGGGGUCUUCAGAAGCCACUGAAACAUUUAAAAGCUGAUAUCCAGCUUUAUGAAGCCAAACUGGGGAAAGGUGCAAGAAUGCUAUGGGAACUUGCGAUUGACUUUUCUCCUCGUUGCAGUGAGAGUGCAGAAAAGAUUAUGGAGACAGAACAGACAAAAAGUCUUCUAGAAAAAUCAGGAAGAGUUUACACAGAAAUGAUCAGAAUUUGGGCCAUUGUUCUUGAUCACUGCAAGCUGAACCGUGUUUUGGACAAUAUAUGCUUGUCCUACAAUCGUGGGUUAUCUUGCAUCUUAAGGAAAAAGCUCAAAGGCAUAAAUGAAGGACAUCAGAACUACAAUGUGACAACACAUAAGCGUGUUCCACGUUGUUAUGUUGAAGACUUGGAGAGGGAAAAAUCAAAAGAACAUACUAUCCCUGAGUAUUUCCCUCCAGCCAGUGCAGCAGAAAUGGAAUACAAUAUAAUGAAAUUUCACAGCUUCAGUACUAACAUGGCACUUAACAUUAUAAAUGACGUACAUUCUGCUGUUGAGUACCCUUUCCGAGUUGGGGAAUUGGAGUACGCAGUAAUUGACCUCAAUCCAAAGCCCAUGGAACCAAUCAUUUUAAUUGGGCGAAGUGGGACUGGGAAGACGACUUGCUGCUUGUAUAGGCUUUGGAAGAAAUUUUAUUCGUACUGGGAAAAAUCCACCAUGGCAAAUAGUCCUCUGCUGGAGAGGCAGACUUGGCGGCAGAGACAGUGCAGCGAUGUUGAAAAACCUAGGUUAGAAAACGAAGAGUGUGAAGAAAAACAAGACAGCGAUGAUUCGAGUGAGGAGCAGGUGAGUGAGGAGCAAGACCAGGACACUGAGGAUGAAGAAGUUGCUACGGGCACAACUGAUACGGAAACAAAUCCGUGUGAUGACCGUGAAGAAGACCAAACGUGUAACUCAGAAGAACCAAACAGACUGGAGCAUCUGCACCAGAUCUUUGUAACAAAAAAUCCCGUCUUGUGCCAAGAAGUUCAGAAGAAUUUCAUUGAACUCAGCAAGUCUUCUAAGGUAACCAGUCAUUUCAAGCCUCUGGAGCCGAAUGUUCACAGGCUACAAGACGUUAAAGAUGAAAAUUUCCCACUGUUCGUCACCUCCAAGCAGUUGUUGCUGUUACUGGAUGCAUCUAUGCCUGACCCAUUUUUUCCAAGGAAUGAGGAUGGGAGCCUUAAGAGAACCAUUGUUGGUUGGAGUCCCCAGGAAGAGUUGGUGAUACCAAAUUGGCAAGGUGAAGACGAAGAGGGUAAUGCUGAAGCCGAAGAUGGUGAUGAGGAAAGAACUGCUGAUGGAUACUCUAGGGAGAGUGACCUUCGGACUUUUGUGACUUACGAUUUGUUUGCAAAUGAAAUUUGGCCAAAAAUGAUAAAAGGUAAAAGCUUGUACAACCCUGCACUUGUUUGGAAAGAAAUAAAGUCCUUUCUGAAAGGCUCUUUUGAGGCAUUGAGUUGCUUCGGGGGUAAACUUACAGAGGAGCAGUACAAAAAACUGGGCCGGAAGAGAUCACCAAACUUCACAGAAGACAGAAGUGAAAUCUAUCACCUCUUUUGUCUUUAUCAACAGAUAAGGUCUCAGAGAGGCUACUUUGAUGAAGAAGACUUGCUGUAUAACUUAUCUCAAAGGCUCUCAAAGCUUGGGGAGCUGCCAUGGUCCAUCCAUGAGUUUUAUGGUGAUGAGAUUCAGGAUUUCACACAGGCUGAAUUAGCACUGUUAAUGAAAUGCAUCAAUGACCCCAAUUCCAUGUUUCUAACUGGUGACACUGCCCAGAGCAUAAUGAAAGGAGUCGCUUUCCGGUUUAGUGAUCUGAGGUCACUGUUCCAUUAUGCAAGCAAAAACACCGUGGACAAGAAGCAGCGUGUUAGAAAACCAAAAAGGAUAUAUCAGUUGUACCAAAACUACAGGUCUCAUUCAGGUAUUCUCAGCCUUGCGUCUGGAGUGGUUGAUUUGCUUCAGUACUAUUUCCCAGAAUCUUUUGAUCGGCUUCCAAAGGACUGUGGUCUCUUUGAUGGACCAAAGCCUACGGUGUUGGAGUCCUGCAGUUUCAGUGACCUGGCAAUUCUGCUGAGGGGCAACAAAAGGAAAACACAGCCUAUUGAAUUUGGAGCACAUCAGGUAGUAUUAGUUGCAAAUGAAACAGCAAAGGAGAAGAUACCCGAGGAACUCAGUUUGGCACUUGUACUGACAGUUUAUGAAGCAAAGGGCUUGGAAUUUGAUGAUGUGCUCCUUUAUAACUUUUUCACAGACUCAGAGGCUAGCAAAGAAUGGAAAAUCAUUUCUUCUUACAUUCCUGAUUCAGAUGUGCAAGUAGGAAGCAAACUGCUAAUUGAAAUGCCUUUAGAGGAUGCUACUGCUGUGCAGAAGAGACCUACUUCUUUUAACGUAGAAAUGUACAAGAUGCUGAAUGGAGAACUGAAGCAAUUGUAUACUGCCAUUACAAGAGCCAGGGUCAAUCUUUGGAUCUUUGAUGAAAACAGUGAUAAACGAGCGCCAGCUUUUAAGUAUUUCAUCAAAAGAGGAUUUGUUCAAGUUGUCAAAACAGAUGAAAAUAAAGAUUUGGAUGAUAGCAUGUUUGCUAAAACUUCAUCUCCAGAAGAAUGGAUUGCACAGGGAGAUUACUAUGCUAAACACCAGUUCUGGGAGGUAGCAGCCAAAUGUUACCAAAAGGGAGGAGCAGCUGAGAAGUCAAAGCUGGCCCUGGCACACGAUGCUGUUCUCAAAGUGCACUCGAAGAAAAGCAGCCCCAGAGAAAAACAGAUGGAAUAUAUGACAUUGGCUAAAACUUACUUGGAAUGUGGAGAACCAAAACUGUCACUGAAAUGUCUGUUUCAGUCAAAGGAGUUCCGGCUUUGUGCAGAACUGUGUAAAAAGUUGGGAAAGAUGAAAGAUGCUGCAGUGUACUAUCAGAAAAACCAGUGCUACAAAGAAGCAUCUGAAUGUUAUGAACAAAUCGAGGAGUUUGAUCUGGCAGUUAAGAUGUAUUGUCAAGAGGAGCUCUACGAAGAAGCAGCGAAGGCAGUUGAAAGAUAUGAAGAGAUCUUAAGUGCAAGAGGACAAAUGGUAUCCAAACUCUCAUGUACAGCAAACCAGUUGUAUUUGGAAGCAGCUGCAAAGUACCUGUGUGUGAACAGAAUUGAGGAAAUGAUGCAGGUCCUCUCAAAACUUGACAUAGAGGAUCAGCUUGAGUUUCUGAAGUCUCGUGGAUGCUUGCACCGGACUGCAGACUUACUGAAAAGAGAAGGUCGACAAGAAGAAGCUGCAAAACUAAUGAAACAACAUGGGUUUGCUCUUGAAGCAGCUAACCUCACAGCAGUAAAGGAGUUUCGUGCAUCUUGUUUGCUUGCUGCAGUUCGUGCUGGUACAACUUGUUCAGAGUCCACCUCUGACCUGGUGGACAGAGAGGUCAUGCUAAGAGAAGCCCUUGAGCUUUGUGAACAAACUAAUCAGAAGUCAGGCAUUGCUGAGGCUUUGUUUUUGCAGGGAGCUCUGAAGGGAGACUUUGAAAAGCUGAGCAACGCAUACUGUCAGUUUCUAUCUGUGAAUCAUUCUGCUGGUGCAGUUGAAGUUCUCUUUGUGCUCUCUCACUGCAGCGCACCAAGCCAGGACAUCCUCUGUAAGGCGACACAUGGCUUAAUGGCUCUCCUGGAUCUGGUUAAAAGUUUAAAGAAAGCAACCACCAAUGUAGAGAAAGAUAUGGUAAAGUCAUGCUUUGCCUAUUUUGGUGUCAUCCCAACAGGUGACAGUUGUUGCCAGGUGUCUCAAAAUGAAGCCGAACCCAUCCUCAAGUUUUUGUUAGAUAAGGCAAGUCUAAAAGAGAGGAAAACAAAAGGCAAUUUCUCAGUAAGCACAGAGGCAGUAAAAUCAGCUUUGAAGCAGCACUUGCUAAGCAGGUUGUGCUCUAUCACCCAUGAGUUACUGAACAAGCAUUACCCCGAUAUUUGUAUGAAGUUCAUUGUUGGCUUGAACUGUGAGGAUACAACCUGUGAGGAUUUUCAUAAGCCCUUGAUGCGCCAUGAAGCAAGGAUGGUAUUUCAGUGUAAAAUGCAUCUAUCAGCAAUAUAUGGACUGCUCUUGGAAGCCACACACACUUUCCCUAAAGAGCUGCUGAGUCACUGCAAAAGCUUUGAUGGUCUUUUGACUUCUGACAAGUAUGUGUCAUGUAAAGCCCUUCUCGAAACAUUUUUCCCUAGUCAUUUCCAUUUGAGAAUACUGUCAGAGAACCCAAAGGCAUGUAAAGAAAUACUGGGAUUUAGUAACAUUACUUCCAAACCAUGUCGAGCAAUGUUGAAUGAAUACAUCUCAUUUAAGUUUAAAAAUGAAGAUGCUAGAGCCAGAAGAGAAUCAAGUGACUUGUGGCUAAGUGCCAUGAAAGUUUUUCUCUUAUCUUCCGGAUAUCCUGAAGAAUUUGAGAAGCUGCUUUUUAAGGAAGAGGACGAUUAUAACAGAGAGCUAAGCCUUGCUUUGUCAAAGGCAAAAAACGCCCCAAAAAGUAAAAGCCAAGGAGGAAAGAUCAAAGGAAUAGAUGGCAGGCAUGGUAUGUUGCAACCUGACAAGAAAACUGAAAAUGCAGGGAGAACACACUUGUGCUUCAUUCGACUCCUUCAAAGUUCAUUUGAACAAUUCUAUGUUUAUAAGAACCCUGAAAGCUGUAAAAGGCUGUUUUUCCGAUUUAUGAACGUCCUGGUCAAGAAAUGCACAAGGUACCUGAUUCCAAGCAUAGGAAAUACAGUAAUGUUGUUGGAAUUCCAGUAUAUUAUCUGUUGUGCUGUGCUGAUGCGACUCAACAAGAAUGUGACUCUGUGCCUUCCCAAGAGUUACAUUGCUCUCGUUCAUUAUUGGGAUUUUUUGUUCAGAAACAAGGGCCGUAGCAAAGAAUUCACAGAGACAUUUUCCAUUAUACAAGAGUAUAGACCAAAAGACAUACUUGUAGCUGAACAGAAUUUCAGAUUUCAUCUCUGUUACCUGGCAAAAAUUUUGUGUGGAGUUCAUGAGAAUUUCAGCGUCCUUCUGGAUGCUUUUGAGGAUCCCGACUGUGUAACUUCAGGAGAGGCUGAGCGAACUGUAGUGCUGAGCUUAGUGAUGAUACUGAAUGCUGAUCAGGUGCAGAAUUCUAUGUGUAAAUAUCUGCUAAGCCAACUCUUUCCUGAAAUAAGGGCGAUGCUGAAAUCAAUGAGAAAAGACUCUCCCUCAAAAGUGCCUGUAAGAUUACUGAAGGUCGUGGAACAAGUGGCUGGUGCUUCAAGUGUAAGAGAAGUCGCUGCAAGCUUGCAAGAGCUUCUGAUAGAGCGAGAUGAGGAGUACUUAUUUGACUGCCGAUGGAGGUGGGACUGUGUGUAUGCUCAGGGGUAUGCACCCAUCCGGGGUAUCCUGUAUGAAAACGUAAAUUUUGACAGGUUUAUAACCUCUUUGGAUAAAACAGAAUAUGCUGAUGAGAUAGAGAAGGAACUCGAAAGCGAUCAGUGCUUAGAGGACCAGAAGGAUCCCCUGGAAGUGAUUGCAUUCAACAAGCAACAGAAGCAAGAGCAGAAAGCAUCUGCUCUACGCCAGCUGUAUCGCGUCUUCCACUUUGGUUUUGUGUGCAUGAGGUGGAAAAGGAAGGCCUGCUGCAAAGCAGAGCCUGUAGCAGUGAAAGGAGAGGAAUUUUUAUCAGAUAUCUUCAAAAAAGCAGAUAUUGACCAAACCCAGUGUGACCUCUGUGGAGUCAGAUUUAUCCAGAGCUCUGAGAACUAUUUCGGCCAGGCUGAAAGCGUGGAGGCAGACACUGCCGAAGCUGUGACACCGACAGAAGAAAAGAUGCAGGUGGAAGGAAAUGCAAUUGUUGCAGCCAACGAGGCCUAUAUUGAGCACAGAAACACAGAUGAACACAGAAAUAAUAAUGCUGCCUACAAAAACUAUGCUGACUUUUUCAGAAGAAAGAUAGAUCCGAAAAUACGUGACGGACUGGAUGUAGUGGAGGCCAUUACAGAAAAGACUUAUACUCAAGACCAUUUAGCCUAUAAAGAAGGUUCCAACUUACGCCAGAGAAAAAUCAAAGAGAAUAUUAAGAAGAUUUCAGAUGCAGUAGAGGAAAUCUAUGAGAGAAAAGCCUGGGCUGAAGCUGAAGAAAUAAUAACUGAACAUGCCAACAAAUUGUUUGCUGUCACUGAUGAGGCUUGUAAGUGGCUGAAGAAAAUGGAUUUACAGAGAAUAAAGGAAGAAGACUUUGUGCAUGAUAGAGACUUGGAAAAUGAAGUAGAAGAUGAAAGCAUGGCUUUUGAAGAACUUGCUUAUAAAAAACCAUCAAGAAAAAAAGGAAGAUGUGGGAAAUGGUGAUCAGAAAAAAUAUGCAGCUGCUAUUCUGUCCUCUGGUAAUCUAAUGUUAGAAUAAAAUAUUAGGCUUAUUAAAAAGAAGAAUAGAGUGUUGGGGUCAGAAAUUGUAAGAAUGUGAAGAAAAAAGCAACUUGUUCAGUUGUUAACACUUCUGUCAGAGUAAUGAUUUGUGCUGAUGAUGUAGCUGAUAAAACCUAUGAGAGGACAGAUUUCCUUUCACAUCUACAUUGCCUCUUGAAAGUAACCAAAAGCCAAAGAAACCAGCAAGUAGGAAGAAGCAGUCAUGUUUUGGCCUUAUCUCAGGGGUAUUUUUCUACCAAGUCUUCAUUAUUUUUUUUUUUCUUCUCUGUUAAUUGACAUAAUCAUUCUUCUGAGCUGGAACACUCAGAAAAAAAGACAGCUUCUCUGAUUUUAAGAGGUUUUAAUUUCUGUUUUUAGAUUACCACUGUAAACUUACUGUCCCUUGAGUCUUGUGCUUGGAAAUGUUUAAGUCGCCAGGUGAGGUACUUGGGGUACCUCUCUUCCAUAUUUUUAUAGACAAGAAUGAUCAUUCCUAGGCUUGUUCAUGUUUGGUUUUUUUGACAAUGUACAUACUUCUAAUUAGAUAAACAAGGAAAUCUUGACGUUUCUUCUCUUUCAUAAAGUUUUGAUAUAAACUGUUACCUGUACGUAUUGAAAUAUAGAUAAUCUCUCUUUUAAAAGUAUUACAUGGUGUUUUAUAAAUUUCAAUCAAAGAAAGCCUUUUGUAAUGUUCAAUAGCAUUUUAUAAAAUUUGUAAGACAGUUAAAA